AUGUCCUCCGUCGCGUUCAAGCCUCUCCCUCUCCUGCCCCAUUUCAAACCCCUCCUCCUCCAAAACCCUAACCACCGCCGCCGGCGAAUAAUCGUAACCAGCAGCAUGAAAGCUAUUACGGUAACAACCUCCGGCGAUCUCUCACUUCGAGAAGUCGGCGAUCCGCUGGCGAUCGGAGACGGCGAUGUCCUCAUCAAGGUCGCCGCCAUCCGCCUCUCAAUCGCGGCGAGGUACCGGCGGACAGAGAUUAUGAUCCCGAAGGAGUCGAGCCCGUACCCUGGCCUCGAGUGCUCCGGCACCGUUAUCGACGCUGGCCGGUCUGUGGAUCGCUGGAGGAUUGGGGACCAGGUCUGUGCUCUUCUUAAUGGAGGAGGGUAUGCAGAGAAGGUGGCGGUUCCAGCUUCCCAGGUUCUUCCCAUUCCUCAAGGUGUCUCCUUGAUAGAAGCCGCAAGUUUUCCUGAAGUAGCAUGUACUGUUUGGUCGACUGUCUUCAUGAUGAGUCAAUUGUCCACAGGGCAGACCUUUCUCAUUCAUGGGGGAUCCAGUGGAAUCGGCACCUUCGCCAUCCAGAUAGCUAAGUACCUUGGAGUUAAAGUAUUCGUUACAGCAGGAAACAAAGAAAAACUAGCUGCAUGCAAGAAUCUUGGUGCUGAUGUUUGCAUAAAUUAUAAGACUGAAGACUUUGUUGAACGGGUCAAAGAAGAGACUGGAGAUAAAGGUGUUGAUGUUGUACUGGAUCACAUUGGUGGGCCAUACUUGCAGCGAAAUCUUGACAGCUUGGCUAUGGAUGGAAGGCUUUUUAUCAUUGGUUGCAUGGAAGGCAUGGUUGCAGAUGUUAACCUUUCAUGUUUACUUUCCAAGAGGCUUACUGUUCAAGCUGCCAGGUUGAGGCAUAGAAGCCCUGAAAGCAAAGCAGUGAUUGUUGGAGAAGUGGAGAAGUAUGUUUGGCCAGCUAUAGCAGCAGGCCGAGUGAAGCCUGUGGUGUACAAGUAUCUUCCCCUGUCUGAAGCAGCGGAGGCACACAGGUUAAUGGCAAGCAGUGCCAAUAUCGGAAAGAUACUGUUACUUCCUUAGCAUGUUCGUAGCAAAAAAUCUGGGUCCUUGAAAGGAACAUUUCCGCUAUUGCGUUUCUUGAUCCUGGUUUGAGCAAUGCUGCAAUCUGCUGAGAACUUCUAGUUUCUGCAACAAUAAACUUGAGCGAUGGUUUGUUGCUGCGGAUAGAUUAUUUACGUAUCGGAUUCUUUCUUUUGGUUGCUCUUGUUCUUCGUGGUUUUACGAGUGAUUUUGUUGAAACUGCCAAAAGGGGAGAAGUUGAGUUAUUUGUAACAAGUUUUGUUAUGAACAAGUUGGUGAAUUUCUAGAAUGCAGACCAAGUGCUUGCCAAAAAAAUUUAUGUAAGAGUUGAGCUGAAUGAACUUUA